UUUCACAGCAUGUACUUUUUACGUAGCAUUCUACUUUCGUUUUCGUAUGCCCAAAACAAAAGAAAAACGUAACUUUCCAUGUAGAUUUGUCUUCUAAAUCUUACUGACAACGAAGAACAAUGGGUUUAAUCAGCGAUUUAGAUUCAGAUUCUCAGGACCAAGUAUGAACUUGCUACAGAAAAGUUGCCUAGACUUGAGACUGAAGUCAGUUUUCCAAGCCAUAGGAUACUUAACUGUUAAUGCAAGGCGGGUAUCAGAGCUUUGUCAAAGGAGAUCACUGUGUCAGAAAUGUUAUAGCUCUUUAUGCAGAAGAAGGACUCCAGUUUCAGAACUAUAUUCUCAGGAUUUAAAUAUACAUAGACGAAACCUGCAUGAACAUUCAUCAAAAUUGUUUACUGAUUCAUCCCUUCUUUCAUAUAAAGAUCACUCUGUUAUCAUUAAUAGAAGAGUUCAUUGCCAACAUACAGGGGUGAAAGAAUUGAACAAAGUUCAGAAUAGAUGGCUAAAUAACUACACAUAUCAUGGACAGUGUAGGAAAUAUUGUUCAGCAGAUUUGCUUAGUUGUGGAAAUAGUUCAGUAUGGCAGCACAUGGAGAGUCGAGGAAUGAAAAGCGGACGUGAUAAAGUAGGCCAGACUGUUGAUGAAAUUCUUAACCCUAUAGACAGGCUCCAGCAGUUUGUUGCUGUACCUCUACUGCCAGAGAAGGAUUACAUGUUUAGACCAUCGGAAGAGGAGGUAGCUGAAGCACAGCAGUUGUUUAUAUCUGGCCCCAAACAUGAUAUAAAGUUCCUGAAGUCUGCAGUGUUUGAGGAACAUCUGCCAGAUUAUGAACUUCCAGAGGUGGCAUUUAUUGGCAGAAGCAAUGUCGGAAAAUCAUCUUUGAUACAAAUGCUGCUAAGUCAUACGGAUGCUCUGGUCAGGGUCUCCAAAAAACCUGGCAGCACAAAGUUACUGAACUUUUUCCAAGUUGGGAAGAGGUUUACGCUAGUUGAUAUGCCUGGGUAUGGAUACAAUAUGCCAGAGCACUACGCAUCAUCUGUUGAAAAUUUCCUCUCAACAAGAAAAAAACUGAGUCGGACAUUCAUCUUGGUAGAUAGUACUGUUGGGGUAACAGAAACUGAUGUGAUUGGACUGAAUAUGCUGGAAGAAUUUCAUAUACCUUAUGUUAUUGUAAUGACAAAGAUUGAUAAAGCUAAACCAGGCACGCUGUUGAAGAGCUUUAUGACAGUUUUAAAAUACAGAAAUAAAACGCAUCACUGUUUUCCACAGCCUUUUCUUGUCAGCUCAGUGAAUGGUGAAGGUGUUCCACUCCUGCAGGCGUUUAUAACAUAUGUGACUGGAUGUGUUAGUUUUCAAGGAUUAUGAUUAUGCAUUAUCUUUUAAUGAAUACAGAACUGACAAAGGUAUAUCCUAAUACAGAAUGAGUGAUUGAAGUGACAAAGAAAAAAUACAGGAAAGAAUAAUCUUUAACACUUACACUUUAAAAAAAAACUUUUUUGAAAUUGUAUCUCUCCAUAGUGAAGGAAACAGACAAAUACAUUUUUAGUUCAUUUCUUUGCAGUCCCUCAUAUAAAAAUAGUGUCAACAUGACUCAUCAAAUGAAAGUUGGACAUUAAUACUUUUGACAGAAAAAAAGCCUUUAAUUCAGAUUGAUUUAUCUGUAUGGAACUUUAGACAUUUUCAUUGAUCACUUGUUAGAUUUCAACCAAACUUUGUACCUAUUGCUAUAAGAUAGUACAAAAGAUUUAUUUGUUUUACAAGUUUGAGUUUACAUUAUUUUAAAGACUUCCUACAUAUAAUUUCCAUUUUUUUCACUUUACAAUUCCAGUAAAAAAAAAGAUUUUGCUCAACACAUUUUCUA